CUCAUGGGCUCACACGCUGCGUGAUCCACAUCACAAGCCGAGAGCCGAUGGAGUAGUAGUAGUACUAGUAGUAGUGGGGGUGCAGCUCUCAGGCAGAUUCUCUCCUCAUUCCUCUUACAUGGAGUCGCUUUUUCUCUGGAUUAUUGCUUCAUCCCAUCGCGAGUGAGCUGCUGUGAAUCCUGAGAACACAAGUCUCCCGACAGGAGACAAGAUGGCGUCCAACAACACCCUGCGCAGCUACUCCAUCAUCCCAUGUUUCAUCUUUGUGGAGCUCGUCAUCAUGUCCGGCACCGUGUUGUUGGCCUACUACAUGGAGUGCACGGACCUGUUCAGCGUGCACGUGCAGGGCUUCUUCUGCAACGAUGCCGAGCUCAUGAAGCCGUAUCCGGGAACCGAGGAGUCCAGCUUCAUCCCACCGCUCAUCCUGUACUGCGUGGUGGCCGCUGCUCCCACGGCUGUAAUUUUCAUCGGAGAGGUGUCCAUGUAUGUGAUGAAAUCGACGAGGGAAGCUCUCCUGGCCCAGGAGAAAACCAUAGUGACAGGAGACUGUUGUUACCUCAACCCCCUCAUCCGCCGCAUCAUCCGCUUCAUAGGUGUGUUUGCGUUCGGUCUGUUUGCUACAGACAUCUUCGUCAACGCCGGCCAGGUGGUGACCGGAGGCCUCUCGCCGUACUUCCUGUCCGUCUGCAAGCCCAACUACACCGGCACCGAGUGUCGCUUCAAUCACCAGUUCAUCGUCAACGGCAACAUCUGCACCGGUAACCCCGUGGUCGUGGAGAACGCUCGCCGGUCGUUCCCAUCCAAGGACGCUUCGCUGAGUGUUUACUCGGCCGUUUACCUGACGAUGUACAUCACCAGCACCAUCAAGACCAAGUCCAGCCGCCUGGCCAAACCGGUGCUCUGCUUGGGGACGCUGUGCACGGCCUUCCUCACCGGCCUCAACCGAGUCUCAGAGUACCGAAACCACUGUUCAGAUGUGGUGGCUGGAUUUAUACUGGGAUCAGCCAUCGCUUUGUUCCUGGGUAUAUGUGUUGUGAACAACUUCAAAGGCGUCCACAGCGCAGCAGCUAAACAGAAGACUGAGGACUACCGUGGUCUGCCUCUGAUGACUUUCCCCCGUGUAGAGUCCCCACUGGAGACCCUCAGCGCACAGAACCACUCGGCGUCGAUGACGGAGGUCACAUGACUAAGGGGGCAGCACCGGGUCACGUUUGCGUCUCCACAGCACUUCCAGACACAAUGACGAGGACGCAUGCCACGUGGCUCCGAAUGCUUACUAAAAAACACUCCUGAUACAUCUGUUUAAAAUCACCUGGGGGGACAAAAUCCACCAUGUUUGUAAUGGUUUCCAUCCAGUUGGGCUCUGCUCACUCCAACCUGCCGAGGCACACAGAUCGCAUCCAAAAUAUCACAAAGCCGACUUAAGCACAGAUCGCUUCACCGGGUGUUUAGAAAUCAUUGGAAACAUGGGCCAGUUUUUUCCUCCAAGGUGUGCUGUUUGUAGUUAGAGGACAAUGUUUUGUACAUUUUGUAUGAGCGAGUGCUGUAGCCUACCCUGACGAUGUUAAAACCUGCACACCUCCUGUCAGCUGACCCACCCUGUUUGACAUCACAUCCUGUCAGGUGAGAUGCCUCGUCCAUCACCACGUCUUAUUCCACUCGGUCUGAAAAAUCCGCUAUGGAAAAAAAUCUCGAUGUUGUUGUUCUGUGGUGUUUGUCAUUUGUACAGAAAAAAAAACGACAGAAUUCUUCUUUUUAUUAUCUCUCUCUGUACAUUAAUGGACCGUGUCAGGUCGUAUUUUUUAAGGAUUUUUGUUAAUCUGUAUGAUUAUUAUGAUCCAUUUGGACCUGUUUGCCUGCUGUAAACCUGGAUAUGUUUUGGUAUCAGUUUAGGUGUUUUGGGGGAACAACUCCUCUUCCCUUCGGAGGAAAUGCCAAGGAAGAGUCAAUGACAUCCUCCGAGUCAGAAAAUGGGGUUGGGCACCUGCAGGGGGUGUGUUUAUCAGCCACAAUGUACAGUAUGAAGAUGUGAUUGGUUGAAAUGCUCGCUAUGAGUGUGUUUCACCCCAAUUUCCUGAUUCACUGUGAUGUUAAUAGGAAUCUCUAAGAGGUUCAGCAGGGCUAGUCUGUGCCAGAUGUACAUGGAGAUUUCACUGGUAUGGUUUUAGAAUUAAAUUUAAACUGAAAUUCCAAUGGAAGAUGUCAAAUACGUAGGAAAAUAAAAACAUAUAGUGAUUUAUUGAGGCCUGACUAGCCCUUUCAGUGAAACCAGGCUAAUGACUCCUGCUUCACUUUUCCUCCUUAAAGCACCCCUCCCUCUCCCCAGCCCACCAGUGGAUUGUGAUGCAAUGUUGUGACUCCAUUUCCUAUUGGAAGAUAUGCCCAGCAUGAAGAGAGAAGUCAAGAUGUUUUAUAGAUAUUACUCAUUAUCAUUGUGAUUAUAAUUGUCUUUUACUUUGAGAGCAAAAAAAAAAACAGUGUUUCAUUUGAAAUGCUACGUAUAUUUUUUUUCUCGGUUCGUCCACAAAUUAAAUAGUCAGUAGCAACUA